AUGCGACUUCUCAAUGUAAAUACUCUCACUUUUACCGAAUUCCUAGAAGACAAAACACGGCCAAGGUACGCGAUCGUAUCGCACCGAUGGGGGAAUGAGGAGGUUACCUUUGAAGAUGUGCAAGAAGGGCGCAAGAAGAGCAGUGCUGGAUACCAGAAAGUCGAAGCGUUCGUACAAUAUGUGCGAGAUAACAUAAAACCGGUGUGUUGGCUGUGGAUCGAUACUUGUUGCAUCAACAAGAAGGACGCAGUAGAGUUGUCGUAUGCGAUCAACUCGAUGUUUAGGUGGUACCGCAAUGCAGAACUUUGCAUUGCGCAACUUGCUAGCAUCGCAACUGGAACACUACCGAGCGAUAUCGGGCAGGACGAGUGGUUUCGCCGAGGCUGGACACUACAAGAGCUGCUAGCACCGCGCUUGGUCGUCUUUUUGACGAAGGACUGGCGCGUCAUCGGCAGCAAAGGCUCCUCACUCUACCAUUACGAAGAUACUUUUGUUGGACCCGAUCUUGGAGCAGAAAUCUCGAGCAUCACAAGAAUACCUAAGCGCAUAUUAGACGACUGGGAAGCAAGCAUCGAUGUGCGGGCUCGGGACAAGAUGCUAUGGAUGGAGGGCAGAACUACUUCCCGGGAGGAAGACAUAGUCUAUGCUUUAUUCGGCAUCGUCGGAGUGACUUUGAGCAUCAUCUAUGGAGAAAGAGAGAGCAAUGCCAAGCAGCGACUUCUUGCUGAAUUGCACCGACGCAACGAGAUCGACAGUCAACACAAAGAGCGAUUUCAGAAAAUUACUCAAUGGCUGAGGCCUGCUGAUCCAUGGACGAAUCAUAAGUCUGCACGGGAAUUGCACGAGGAGCGGACUGGAGAAUGGCUGCUACAAACGAAGGAGUAUCAAGCGUGGAAAUCUGGAGAAGACCAAUGUUUGUGGCUGUAUGGCGGCGCUGGCUGUGGGAAGACUGUGCUGUGUUCUACUGCGAUCGAGGAUAUGAAGGCGUAUUGUGACGGAAAGGGCAAUGUUGGCCACGCUAUCUUCUACUUUUCGUUCUCAGACGAGCGUAAACAAUCGUACGACGAUCUUCUGACUUCUCUUGUCGCCCAGCUUGGACACCGGGAGCCGGCCUUCUCGAUUCUCCAGCAAAUGUAUGACAAAAUCGACCGCAAACCACCCGGGCAAGGGGAGCUCGAAAAGAUUCUGCAUACAGCGCUAGCAUCGUACGAACGGUUUUUCUGCCAUCUGGAUGCAUUGGACGAAUGCCCCGAAGAAAACGAAGCUCGACAGCGCAUGCUAGAAAACAUAGAGAGGCUGCUACGACAAGCACCGAACAUGCAUUUGAUUGCAACCAGCAGAGACGAGCUUGGAAUUCGCGAUGCUAUGGAGCAGCUCGGCGUCAAGUCUAUUUGUUUGACUGGCAAGAAAAUAGACUCUGACAUUCAGCGAUAUGUGUCAAAGCAACUGGCUCGCAUACCGAAGCUUUCGCGGCUUGAUGCUGCUACUAAGGAAUUGGUUGAAACGACUUUGACAGAGAAAGCAGAUGGGAUGUUCCGGUGGGUCUUCUGCCAACUCCAAGAAUUAUCAAAGUCGAAGCGCACUACGCCCAUGGUGGUGAAAGCUGCGCUGCUCGCCCUCCCUGCGACCUUGGACGAGACAUAUGAGCGGAUGCUGCAGAACAUUGCUGCUGAAGACCAAGCAUAUGCACUGACACUUCUUCGAUGGCUUACAUACUCGCAGACCCCCUUAAGACUAGAUGAAGUAGCCGAAAUCAGCACUAUCGUUCCGGGCGAGGAUCCUGCUGCCGACGAUAUUGUGGACAUUGACAAUCGAGGCGGAUUGGAAGAUGUUUUGGACAUACUCGCCGGACUCGUUGUCAUGGUUGAAGCUGAAGCUUGGACUGAAAAUGCGGCUACUGAGAAUUCGUCGCUUGGCGAUAUCAGCAAAGGAAACAACGAAGUUAAUGGCUUUUCCAGGCGACUGAUCGAGAAAGACACAAAAAUCAGAUUGGCACACUUCUCUGUAAAGGAAUACCUCGAAUCAACGCGGAUAAAAGGAAGCGUCGCUCAAAGCUUUCGACUAGUCCCAACCCGAGAACAUCGAUGGAUCACACAAAGCUGCCUCGUGUAUCUGAUGCACUACAGCACCUCUGAGCAAAAGGCUUCUUCUAAGCAAGAUCUUAUCGUGUUUCCUCUUUUGAAUUAUGCUGCUGCAAUGUGGUAUCGCCAUGCCUUGCUUCAAGAGGCCGAACACUAUCGCUGCGAGAUACAGCUGCUUGAGUCUAAGACUCAUCGAGCCGACUGGCUCAAGAUACACAAGCCCGAUAAGUCUUGGAAGAGACCGUUCGACAGCGAUCAUUACGAUGAUGAGGCGAGCUCAUUGUACUAUGCAAGCUUCAUUGGGCGAGUUGGUGUCGUGCAGCUGCUGCUGGAGGCCAAGGCCGACGUCAACGCGCAGGGCGGACGCUUCGGCAACGCGCUCCAGGCCGCAUCUUUCGAGGGCCACGAGACGGUGGUGCAGCUGCUGCUGGAGGCCAAGGCCGACGUCAACGCGCAGGGCGGAGCCUUGGGCAACGCGCUCCAGGCCGCAUCUUUCGAGGGCCACGAGACGGUGGUGCAGCUGCUGCUGGAGGCCAAGGCCGACCUGCUGCUGGAGGCCAAGGCCGACGUCAACGCGCAGGGCGGAGCCUUCGGCAACGCGCUCCAGGCCGCAUCUUCCGAGGGCCACGAGACGGUGGUGCAGCUGCUGCUGUUCGCAGGUGCAAUCAAUAAGACAGGAGAAGAUGAAUACACAGAGGAUUAA